AUGGGUACCUUACAUUAUGAUGAACCAAAAUCUAACCAAUUUGCGAGCUGGGACACCGGCAUCACACCUACAACAUCUAUUGAUUUAGAAAAACCUCUAUUUGAACAAAAUUCCAACCAACUCACAGUUAUACAGAAGAAUGAGGUACUAACUAAUCGCCCCAUUAUACCAGCGACGACAAAUGAAAAACUAGCGUUUUACCGCGCAUACGUUUCUUCACCGAGUAAAACCCAAAUAGUAUGUACGCAGCAGGCUCAGUUUAACAAAUACUUAUGGUUCCACAUCAUGAACGUCUUCUGCAAAAGCUUGCCCAACACAUACAUCUAUAUGUUCUUAAGUUCUUACGUGCCUGACCAACAUUUGUUCUUGUCGAAGAUGGUACCACUUGCGUAUGGAACAAACUGGGCAUUUCUGGCGGCUAGUGUAAUUUAUUUAGUCUUAUACACUGAUACAGUUGUUCUUCUUUUGGAUUACAUAGUAUGCGGUAUAUUUUUCAAAAAUCCCUGGAACAGACACCGAUAUGUAGACAUAUCAAAUACGAGCAUUUACUUCAUGUUUCUCUGGAUCACUGCCAUAUUUAAUUACAAGCAAUUGUACAAUAGACGUAUCUGGAAAAUGCUUCACAACGUGCAAAUAAUUCUAACUGCAUUGUAUUUAAUAACUUUUGGUCACCUUAUGAUCACGUAUUUUGAAACCGAUCUUAAGAUCAUACCAAUAGCUUUCGAUGAAUACGUUCGAAUUAUUUGGGCAGCUGACACGGACGUUUUGUCAGAAUCAAUGACCGCGCCGCCGAUUGUGCACGUGUUGACGUCACGGAGCACUACAAAAAUUAACCCUGAUCGUGAUAGCAUCGCAAUGAUUAUUUCUAAUUCCAUUUACUAUUUAUUCAGAGUUAGUUUGGUGACCACCUUUGAAGUAUUAUUUCUUUAUUGCUUAUAUCCUCUCGGUCGUUUAGUGGAUGAUAUUACAUUCUUCCAUGGAGUAUCGCCUACAAAAUUUAGAAUUAUAAAUUUCCGUAUAGUACCUGUUUAUUACAUGAUCGUCUGA